CGUUAUUUCUUCGUCCUCACUCUCUGCUCACAAAAAAACAAAAAAACAAAAAAAACUCGAUCUUCACAUUUUAGAUCUCAUCAAAAAAAUAUCAAGCUCUCUCUUAAUCUCACUUUCAAGCUCUUCUUCUUCUACACGCAAAAAGAAAUUAGGGAAACUGGAUGGAGCAACUAAAAACAAUAGGAAGGGAGCUGGCGAUGGGGUCUCAGGGAGGAUUCGGCCAAUCCAAAGAAUUCCUCGAUCUCGUCAAAUCAAUCGGCGAGGCUCGAUCUAAGGCCGAAGAAGAUCGAAUUGUCCUUCGGGAGAUCGAAUCCCUCAAACGACGCAUCGUUGAACCCGGCAUCCCCAAGCGCAAGAUGAAGGAGUACAUAAUCCGUUUAGUCUACGUCGAGAUGCUCGGCCACGACGCGUCAUUCGGAUACAUCCACGCCGUUAAAAUGACUCAUGACGACAAUUUGGUCCUCAAACGGACUGGUUACUUGGCUGUCACUUUGUUCUUGAACGAAGAUCAUGAUCUCAUUAUCUUGAUUGUCAAUACGAUACAAAAGGACUUGAAAUCGGACAAUUAUUUGGUUGUUUGUGCGGCUUUGAAUGCCGUUUGUAAGUUGAUCAAUGAGGAGACCAUACCUGCUGUGUUGCCGCAAGUGGUUGAGUUGUUAGGGCAUUCUAAGGAGGCUGUUAGGAAGAAGGCCAUUAUGGCUCUUCAUCGCUUCUAUCAUAAGUCUCCGUCCUCUGUUUCACAUCUCCUUUCUAAUUUCCGCAAGAAGCUUUGCGAUAGCGAUCCUGGCGUAAUGGGUGCAACACUCUGCCCACUUUUUGAUCUUAUAACAAUAGAUGCGAAUUCUUAUAAGGAUUUAGUGGUCAGCUUCGUCAGCAUUCUUAAACAAGUAGCUGAACGCAGAUUGCCAAAGGUUUAUGACUAUCAUCAGUUGCCAGCUCCGUUCAUUCAGAUCAGGUUGCUGAAAAUUCUAGCCUUGCUAGGAAGUGGUGACAAGCAAGCAAGCGAGCACAUGUAUACUGUUGUGGGUGACAUAUUCGGGAAGUGUGACUCAUCAAGUAAUAUAGGAAAUGCUGUCCUUUAUGAGUGUAUAUGCUGUGUUUCUUCAAUACAUCCCAAUCCUAAGCUAUUAGAAGCUGCUGCCGAUGUAAUAGCAAGAUUUUUGAAGAGUGACAGUCACAAUCUGAAAUAUAUGGGCAUUGAUGCCCUUGGUCGAUUGAUAAAACUUAGUCCAGAGAUUGCUGAACAACACCAAUUGGCUGUGAUAGAUUGUUUAGAGGAUCCAGAUGAUACUUUGAAGAGAAAAACAUUUGAGCUCCUGUAUAAAAUGACUAAAUCCUCUAACGUGGAAGUGAUUGUUGACCGCAUGAUUGAUUACAUGAUUAGCAUUAAUGACAAUCAUUACAAGACUGAAAUAGCAUCUCGAUGUGUUGAACUUGCUGAGCAAUUUGCACCUAGCAACCACUGGUUUAUUCAGACCAUGAAUAAAGUCUUUGAGCAUGCGGGAGAUCUGGUGAAUAUUAAGGUGGCACAUAACUUGAUGCGCCUGAUUGCUGAGGGAUUUGGGGAGGAUGAUGAUACUGCAGAUAGCCAGCUGAGAUCAUCUGCUGUUGAGUCAUAUUUGCAUAUUAUUGGGGAGCCGAAGCUUCCAUCUGUGUUUCUUCAAGUCAUUUGUUGGGUCUUGGGGGAAUAUGGAACUGCUGAUGGAAAGUUCUCUGCUUCAUAUGUCACUGGAAAAUUAUGCGAUGUGGCAGAGUCAUAUUCAAGUGAUGAAACUGUCAAGGCGUAUGCGGUUACAGCGCUCAUGAAAAUAUAUGCAUUUGAAAUAGCUGCUGGGAGAAAAUUGGAUAUACUACCUGAGUGUCAAUCUCUGAUUGAGGAAUUAUCAGCUUCCCACUCAACAGACUUGCAGCAGCGUGCGUAUGAACUCCAAGCAGUCAUUGGCUUAGAUGUGAGAGCAAUUGGAUCUAUUAUGCCAUCAGAUGCGAGCUGCGAAGACAUUGAGGUUGACAAGUGUCUUUCUUUUCUUAAUGGUUAUGUUCAGCAAUCACUAGAGAAAGGGGCUCAGCCCUAUAUUCUGGAGAAUGAACGUUCUGGAAUGGUAAAUAUCAGCAACUUCAGAAACCAAGACCAACUUGAAGUUGCAUCUCAUGGUCUGAGGUUUGAGGCUUAUGAACUUCCAAAGCCCUCAGUGCAGUCAUGGACUCCACCUAUGUCAGUGGCAUCUUCAACCGAACUUGUCCCCGUUCCUGAGCCAUCUUAUUAUAGAGAGACCCCACAAACAGCAUCAGUGCCAUAUUCAUCUGAUACAGGGCCAUCAGGACUCAAGCUGCGACUUGAUGGGGUUCAAAAGAAGUGGGGCAGGCCAACUUAUUCCUCUUCUUCAGCUUCUACUUCAAAUUCUUCUUCACUGAAAGCGGUGAAUGGGGUCACACAAGUAGAUGGGGUGAGCACUGGAAAUUCAAAAACACAUGAAACUUCAUACGAUUCAAGGAGGCCACAAGUUGAAAUCUCUGAAGAAAAACAGAAGCUUGCUGCAUCAUUAUUUGGGGGUUCAUCAAAAACUGAGAGGAGAUCGUCUACAGGCCAUAAGGUUGCAAAGGCAAGCAGCCAAGCUGCUGAAAAGCUCCACACUCCAAAGUCCACAGCUAUCUCUAGCGCUGACAAUGCAGUGGAAAAACCAAAUCUUGUUCAACCACCUCCAGAUUUGCUUGACUUGGGCGAACCAAUUGUUACAAGUAGUGCUCCAUCAGUAGAUCCAUUCAGGCAACUGGAAGGGUUGCUGGACUCAACCCAAGUUCCUGGUACCUUGGGGGGUACCAAAGCACCUGAUUUUAUGGCAUUAUAUGCAGAGACACCUGCAAGUGGGCAGAGUGCUGGUGUUUCUCAUCCCUUAUCAUUGAUUAGGGAUGAAAUCAAUUUAGCACCUGGGUUGUCAAUUGCAAGUAGCAAUACUGUUCACGGUGGAGCUACAGUGACGAACCCCUCGCAAAUUAGCAAAGGUCCGAAUGUCAAGGAUGCCUUAGAAAAGGAUGCACUUGUAAGGCAGAUGGGUGUGACGCCAUCAGGUCAAAAUCCCAACUUAUUCAAGGAUCUGUUCGGCUAGAAUUGGACAUACACUUGCGAGUUUAAAAUCUUUAAUCUUGAGAUCAGUUGCCAUGUCAUUUCCACAUGGUUAUUGCAAAGACUGCUGGCUGGCUUGAUGAUUUCACUUUUAACUUGGAAUGGAGCCAGUGGCCUCCUGGAGUCUUGUUAAAAACCAGGUACAGGUUUCAAUUUGUUGUACGGCGUAAGUAUGUUGUUAACUCUUUUUUAGUAGCAGGAACAGAGCUGGGGGUUACACAGGGUAUUUAUUCCCUUUUGAGUGGUGAAUCGGUGUAGAGCUUCUUUUUAGCGCCUCUGGGUGGACGAAUGGGUCGUGCAAUCCAUGUUUGACUGGUUCUGCGUCAGAUGAGUUUUGAGUGAGUCAAAACCUGUUAUAAUAAUGCUGCAACAAUAAGUUCUAUGUAUGGUCUCUGUCCUUUUUUAUUCAUUUUUUGUAUUCCAAUUUCCAACUCCCAUUUUGUUUGCCUAGCGGACUGUUAUGCUCCAAGCAUGGCGAGGUUCUCCCUCCCUCUUAUCGUA